UGGGUUGCGCCAUACAUAUGAAAGAGUAUAGAAUAAUGAUGUAUUUCCCAAAUCAAAUAUCAUGGUAAAAUUUAACAAUGACCCAUUCGGAUUCAUUGAUAAUAUUAGUUGAUGGAUCAUUUGUAAAAAGGUUUUAUUAACUCCUAAGUUAUGUCGAGUAGACCUUGUUGUUGUUGCUAUAAUUCUUAAUUCAUGCGUUGUAGGGGGAGAUUUAUGUCACCACAAACAGAAACGAAAGCAAAGGUUGGGUUCAAAGCUGGUGUUAAAGAUUAUAAAUUGACUUAUUAUACUCCUGACUAUCAAACCAAAGAUACUGAUAUCUUGGCAGCAUUCCGAGUAACUCCUCAACCUGGAGUUCCGCCUGAAGAAGCAGGUGCAGCGGUAGCUGCAGAAUCUUCCACUGGUACAUGGACAACUGUGUGGACCGAUGGACUUACGAGCCUCGAUCGUUAUAAAGGACGCUGCUACGAGAUCGAGCCUGUUCCUGGAGAAGAUAAUCAAUUUAUUGCUUAUGUAGCUUAUCCCUUAGACCUUUUUGAAGAAGGUUCUGUUACUAACAUGUUUACCUCCAUUGUAGGUAAUGUAUUUGGGUUCAAGACCUUGCCUGCUCUACGUCUGGAAGAUUUGCGAAUCCCUUAUGCUUAUGUUAAAACUUUCCAAGGUCCUCCUCACGGAAUCCAAGUUGAGAGAGAUAAAUUGAACAAGUAUGGACGUCCCAUAUUGGGAUGUACUAUUAAACCAAAAUUGGGUUUAUCCGCUAAGAAUUAUGGUAGAGCAGUUUAUGAAUGUCUCCGCGGGGGACUUGAUUUUACCAAAGAUGAUGAAAAUGUGAACUCCCAACCAUUUAUGCGUUGGAGAGACCGUUUCUUAUUUUGUGCCGAAGCAAUUUAUAAAUCACAGGCCGAAACAGGUGAAAUCAAAGGACAUUAUUUGAAUGCUACUGCGGGUACAUGUGAAGAAAUGCUAAAAAGAGUUGUAUUUGCUAGAGAAUUGGGUGUUCCUAUCGUAAUGCAUGACUACUUAACAGGUGGAUUCACUGCAAAUACUACCCUGUCUCACUAUUGCCGGGAUAAUGGUCUACUUCUUCAUAUCCACCGUGCAAUGCAUGCAAUUAUCGAUAGACAAAAAAAUCAUGGUAUGCACUUUCGUGUAUUAGCUAAAGCCUUACGUUUGUCUGGUGGAGAUCAUAUUCACGCUGGUACUGUAGUAGGUAAACUUGAAGGAGAAAGGGAGAUUACUUUAGGUUUUGUUGAUUUACUACGUGAUGAUUAUAUUAAAAAAGAUAGAAGUCGCGGUAUUUAUUUCACUCAGGAUUGGGUUUCUUUACCAGGUGUUAUCCCUGUUGCUUCAGGGGGUAUUCACGUUUGGCAUAUGCCUGCUCUGACCGAGAUAUUUGGAGAUGAUUCUGUACUCCAAUUCGGUGGAGGAACUUUAGGACACCCUUGGGGAAAUGCACCUGGUGCCGUAGCGAAUCGAGUAGCUCUGGAAGCAUGUGUACAAGCUCGGAAUGAGGGACGUGAUCUUGCUCGCGAGGGUAAUGCAAUUAUCCGUGAAGCUUGCAAAUGGAGUCCUGAAUUAGCUGCUGCUUGUGAAGUCUGGAAGGAAAUCAAAUUUGAAUUCCCAACAAUGGAUACUUUGUAAUCCAGUAAUAAUCAUUCGUUCUAUUAAUUUCCAUUAAACUCGGCCCAAUCUUUUACUAAAAGGAUUGAGCCGAAUACUGUACACAAUACUUGUUGUUUGUAUCUAUAAUAAAUCCUAUCGAUCCGAAGGAUAUAUAUAUAUUUUUUCAACACUAAUAUUGACAACAGUGUAUCAAACAAAUAUAAUCUGAUCGUGAAUAAAUGGAUCGAUUGACUCAUGUCAGAUAGGUUUUUUACUUAAUCUUAAUGGUGGAUUCGUUGUAUUUUGUUUGAUACAAACAAGAAGUUUUUUUUUUAUUCAAAGUGAAAUAGAAAUAUGAAAAAUAUGUAAAAAAUAA